AUUGUGUCACUCAUUUGAGCGAAUUCAGACGCCAUUCUACUUCCUGUUUGAGGCGGGAUUAGUUUUGUAAACACGCAUACAAUAUGAUGUGAACUACAGCAGACCGUAAACACUGCAUAUCAGAGGAGAACCAGACAUAAAUAACACAAUGGCUGCAGAUUCAACAGAGGACAUCCUCACUGAAAGCGAUGAUGAUAUUCUCAGUCCUAAUGACCUGUCAGAAGUGUUGACGGCUGGAACCAAGGAAUCUCACGACAAAGCAGAGAACUCGCCAUUUGUCAAGGACUUCCUGAGGGGCCGAAUCAAACGAGAACUUUUUAAGCUCGGCACAACUGCCCUGUACUACGUUUAUUCUGCCAUUGAGGAAGAGAUUGAGAAGAAUAAGGACCAUCCCAUGUUUGCUCCACUAUAUUUCCCCUCUGAGCUUCACCGGCAAGAUGCCUUGGCCAAAGACCUGGAGUAUCUCUACGGUGAAGACUGGGAGAGCAAGAUCUCCUGCUCGGCGGCCACGAGGCCCUACGUAGACCGCAUUCACGAGGUGGGUCGCAACGACCCAGUUCUUUUGGUUGCACACGCUUGGACCCGCUACAUGGGUGACCUAUCAGGAGGCCAGAUUCUAAAGAAAGUGGCUCAGCGGGCCCUGAAACUGCCCCCUACUGGUGAGGGAUUGAACUUCUACCAUUUUGAGGGCAUCCACAACCCCACGGCCUUCAAGAGGCUGUACCGCAGUCGGAUGAACGAGCUGGAAGUGGAUGCUGAGACCAAAGAGAAGCUGCUAGACGAAGCCAACCUGGCUUUUAAAUUUAAUUUGGACGUAUUCACAGAGUUGCAGGAGAUUGGGAAAGACAUAAAGGAGGAAGUGCAGGACAUUGGCUUCCCUGCACAUGGGGAUAUGGGUGGAGACAUCAGUAAAUGUCCCUACUAUGCAGCCAAAAUGGCGGUUAGUGGAAACACAGCCUACGCAUGUCAGUUUGCCAAGAUGCUGCUUCGACAAUCAACAGUACAGGUGAUUCUGGCCACAUGGGUUGCUGCUGUUGCCGGAUUGGCUGCCUGGUACCUCAUGUGAUCACCUUUGCCCGAGUCAUCCAAUCAGAAAUGAAAAUAGGAAACUGCUCGACUUCAAAGUGAAAAUCUUUCACUCGCUGGGAUAUAAAUGUUUAAAGACCUUAAAGGGUAAGUUCACCCAAAAAUGAAAAUUCUGUCAUUAAUUACUCACCCUCAUGUCGUUCCACACCCGUAAGACCUUCGUUCAUCAUCGGAACACAAAUUGAGCCAUCAGAUUUGAUCAAAAAUAUCUUAAUUUGUGUUCUGAAGAUGAACGAAGGUCUUACGGGUGUGGAACGACAUGAGGGUGAGUAAUUAAUGACAGAAUUUUCAUUUUUGAGUGAACUAACCCUUUAACUAGACCCUCAGUCUGUACAACAUAUUUGUAUUAAAUACAAUGCAAGUUUUUAGUCAUACUGAGAGAAGGAAAAUUAUGUUCUUUAUCCUGUUUUCACUCUUAGUCAAGAGUGUAAGCACACUUUUAAGGGCAUGCAAAAAGUAAAGACAUUGGAGUUGCUUAAAAUGAAACAUUUUAAUGUAAGAACUGUAUCUUUGCACAUUGUAGUACACAUUUUCAUUGAAAAUAUAUUCAGGUACAUCGCUGUGGUGCAGUGAAUGAUCCAUAAGAAUGUUGUCUGACCAGAUUUCUAGGUCCGUGUUUUCCCAAAUCAUGGAAAUACAGAGGAGACUUAGACUCGGCUUUGUUGUCCCAUUUAGGGAAACUACGAUUGCAGCAAGAACACUAACCACAUCCAUGUACAUAUCAAAUAAACUAUUUCAUCUACAAAAUCAUAAUUAUAAACAAUAAAAUUGUCCAAAAUGCACAUUAAAA